CGGAGCUGGCGCCGGCAGCCAGGAGCUCGCGGGAGGCCGGCAGGGCGGCGCCAGGGCCGAGCAUCUCCGGCUGUAGCGCCGCGGCCUCUCUGCUUGCUGCACCACCUGGCACGGGCCAGGCAUCCGGAGAGAGAAAAUGUUUUCCCGGUUAAGAGCUGUUGCCACUCCUUGCACUUUGACCUGCCGCCGAGUGCACCUGAAGGAGAAAGGCAAGCCACUCAUGUUGAAUCCAAGAACAAACAAGGGGAUGGCGUUUACAUUACAAGAACGACAAAUGCUUGGUCUUCAAGGACUUUUACCUCCCAAAAUAGAGACACAGGACAUUCAAGCCUUACGAUUCCAUAGAAACUUGAAAAAAAUGACUAGCCCUUUGGAAAAAUACAUCUAUAUAAUGGGCAUACAAGAAAGAAAUGAGAAACUGUUUUAUAGAAUACUGCAAGAUGAUAUUGAAAGUCUGAUGCCAAUUGUGUACACACCGACAGUUGGUCUUGCCUGUUGUCAAUACGGGCACAUCUUUAGGAGACCUAAGGGAUUGUUUAUUUCAAUCUCAGACAGAGGUCAUGUUAGAUCAAUUGUGGAUAACUGGCCAGAAAAUCAUGUUAAGGCUGUUGUGGUGACCGACGGAGAGAGGAUCCUGGGACUUGGAGAUUUGGGUGUCUACGGAAUGGGGAUUCCAGUGGGGAAGCUUUGUUUGUAUACAGCGUGUGCAGGGAUACAGCCUGAGAAAUGCCUGCCUGUGUGCAUUGAUGUGGGCACUGAUAACAUGGCACUAUUAAAAGAUCCGUUUUAUAUGGGCUUGUAUCAAAAGCGAGAUCGUUCCCAACUUUAUGAUGAUCUGAUGGAUGAGUUUAUGAAGGCGAUUACUGACAGAUACGGCCGGAACACACUCAUUCAGUUUGAAGACUUUGGAAAUCACAAUGCAUUCAGGUUCUUAAAAAAAUAUCAACAAAAAUACUGUACCUUCAAUGAUGACAUUCAAGGGACAGCUGCAGUUGCUUUGUCGGGUCUUCUUGCGGCCCAGAGAGUUAUUAAUAAACCAGUCUCAGAACACAAAAUCUUAUUUCUUGGAGCAGGAGAGGCUGCACUUGGAAUUGCGAAUCUUAUAGUUAUAUCAAUGAUGGAAAGUGGUCUCUCAGAAGAGGAGGCACAGAGAAAGAUCUGGAUGUUCGACAAGAAUGGCUUGCUAGUUAAGGGGCGGACUGCUAGCAUAGAUAGCAACCAGGAGCCCUACGCCCAUGCGGCCCCAGAGAGCAUGCCUGCAACUUUUGAAGAUGCAGUAAAUAAACUUAAGCCUUCGGUUAUCAUUGGAGUGGCAGGUGCUGGCCCGCUUUUUACUCAUGGUGUAAUCAAAGCGAUGGCCUCUAUCAAUGAGAGGCCUAUAAUAUUUGCUUUAAGUAAUCCUACAGCACAAGCCGAGUGCACAGCUGAAGACGCGUACACGCUUACAGAGGGCAGGUGUUUGUUUGCCAGUGGCAGUCCAUUUGAACCAGUGAAACUCCAGGAUGGACGAGUCUUCACCCCAGGCCAAGGGAACAAUGCAUAUAUUUUCCCAGGUGUGGCUUUAGCUGUUAUUCUCUGUCAAGCCCGACACAUCAGUGACACCGUUUUCUUAGAAGCUGCAAAGGCACUGACAGCUCAAUUGACAGAUGAGGAGUUAGCCCAAGGCAGGCUUUACCCGUCACUUGCUAAUAUUCAGGAAGUUUCUGCUAACAUAGCUAUUAAACUUACAGAGUACCUGUAUGCUAAUAAGAUGGCUUUCCGAUACCCAGAACCUGAGGACAAGGCCAAAUAUGUGAAAGAAAGAAUAUGGCGGAGUAAUUAUGUUUCCCUGCUGCCGGACGUGUAUGACUGGCCAGAGUCUUCAUUGAAGCCUCCUCAGAUAACAGAAUAGAAACUUUCCCAUUAAGACAUUCCAUGCUUCAGGGAACCACUAUUUUUAGACAAAAAGAUAAUAUUCUCUGAGUCACCGUGUCGUCUGUGGUUUAUUCUUCCGUACCACUUUGCUUGGCUUUUUUUCCCCUGUGAAUCUCACUUUUGUUGGGGACAGACUGUUGAGUAUACUGUAGUGCCCACAGUCCAGUACUGGAAAUGCUUCUGUUCCGACGGCUCGCCUCGUGUGCUCUGUGUUGAGCUGGCUGCGGUACUGUUGCUGUUACGUGAAUGUAUUUCUCACUUGUCUGCCUCAGUCCUCUCGCGCUGUGCAUAUGAGUACAAAAUGUUGAGAAGAAGCCAAGUGCUCACUGAAUUCCAAAGAAAACUUGUCAGCACUUAAACUGUUCUUUUCUAUAUGCUCCAUUUUACUUUCUACUCCGAAAUCCCCUUGUAGUAGACAGGUUAGGGGAAAUAUAUAUUAAAAAAAAAAAAAAGCCCAAUUUCCUAGAACUAAAUCAGUGCUAACUAUAACAUUAUAGAAGAGUGGGAGGAGCCACUGCUGCCUUCAGACAAACUGAACUGUCGUUUGCAACAGUAUAUAAAACCCACUUUUAUUAAUAAAAUUAAUUCCGUACAUUUAA